AUGAUUCAGGAGAAACUUGGCUAUGGCGUGUGUCGAUCAGUGAACGAGUUCGUGAAGCUAAAUCGCAUCGGUGAAGGUACUUAUGGGAUCGUCUAUCGGGCCAGAGACUCCAAAAGCGAGCUAGUUGUAGCUCUAAAGAAGGUACGGGUUGAUAGCAAGGUGAGCGCUCAAAUGGGCAUUUCGGACUCGGCUCUUCGCGAAAUCGUUCUUUUAAAAAAGCUUAGACACGAAAAUAUCGUUGAGCUCAAGGAAGUAGCAGUGUCACGAGAUCCACAAGGAAUGUUCCUUGUCAUGGAGUAUUGUGAACAGGACCUGGCAAGGCUCCUCGAUGAAAUGGUUCAUCCCUUCACGGAAUCUCAAGUGAAGUGCCUUAUGCAGCAGCUGUUCAGAGCACUUGAUUACAUGCACAGUCAUUACGUGCUCCACCGCGAUCUAAAGGUCUCCAAUCUUCUUCUAACCAGUCACGGUAUACUUAAGGUAGCCGAUUUCGGUCUUGCGCGAGUUUUUGGCGAUCCUGAUAUGAGUAUGACUCCUCGAGUGAUAACGCUGUGGUUGGUUCACUCUUACCGCCGCUUAAAGGCACAGUAUAGUUUAAAGGCGGUAUGUACCCCUUUCAGACGAGCAUUCCCAAAAACGGACGGGGUAAACGGCAAAGGAGAGGCUGCGGACGAGUGCUACAGAGCGGAAGGCAACAAAGAGCCCCUUCCGCUGCUGCGGUAUUAG